AUGGCGCGGCCGUCCCGCGCGCCCCGGGGCGUCCCCGCCGCCCGCGGCUGUCGAGGGGCGGGGGCGGGUCUGCGCGCCGGGCCCUCGGCGGGGAGCUCCUCGCAGCGCGGCGUCCCCGGCAGGGCUGCGCCCGGGCUCGGCGCCCUCGGCCUGCGGAGAGGCGCGGAGUGUCCCGCCCACCGACGGCUCCGCUCGCGUCCCGGAGCGCGGGGCCGGGCCCGGUGCGCGCUGCUGCCGGACGGUGCGGGGGCGCCUGCAGCCGGCCUGUGCUUCCCGCCGACCAGGCCGGCCGUCGAGGUCGCGCGCGGAGGAGGCGCCAGGAAGCGUGGGGCGGCGCCCGGCCCCCCCCCCGCCCCCCGACCGCCCGCCCCCUGGGCCCGGCGCACCUCUGCAGGUGGGAGCCGCGGUGCAGGCGAGGCGGGAGCCCCGCAACGUCAGGGCGGGGAGGGCUCGAGAGCUCGCCGGGCUGGCCUCCCCUGCGCGCCGACGGGGACACUGAGGCCGGGACAGGGACUGUCCCGGGAGACGCAGCGCUUCCGGACUUCACCAGCCUCUGCCGAGGGCUGGGACCCGCAGGGGCAGUGGAGGAAUGCUGGUCAUCUGCAGAAGACCUUGCAACUCUUCUCCCUACAACUACUUUCCUUAGUUUUGAAGUGCCCUCGGUUUUCAAGCGCCCUUAGAGAGUCCGUAAAUAUAAAGGAGGGGAUCCGUGGAGUUACGGGAAAUUCCUUCAUAUCCCUUGACGCAGAUGCCCCUCAUGCAGAUGCAAAGAUGCCUACUAUUUCCUGUUUGUUGUUUGUGGAAUUGCCGCUGAUUGUUGAAGCAGCUUUCUGAACAGGGAUGAUUGGCAUUGGCUUUACCCAAUGAUUAAGAUGGUCCACAUUCAGGUAAGCAGCUCCACCUCCUUUUCCAGGCUCCCUUUGCUGACAACCUCCUAGUACUCCUCCCUUGGGAACUGGGUUUCUGUCAUUUAUGGUAUUGAAAUAACCUAAACAGACGUAACAUCAAUGGAAGAUUUUCACCAAGAAAAGAGCAUGUCCUUCACAUCACACUGUAGUUCUGUUCGGCAUUUUGCCCAUGAUUUAGAAGACAUAGGAGGCAAGCUGAUUGAACUUGCGGCUGACCACGCUGAGGUGCUGAUGCUGGUAGCUGAUAGAUGCAAGACUCAGAAUAAUCACCAAGUUGGGAGACUGAGCCAAAACCAACAAAGGAGAUACUUUAAAAACUGUUAUGAAAACAUUGUAACAUUACAGGAGACAACAGGAAUAAAAAGUCACUCACAUGCCAGUUAUAGCUCAUUCACCUGCUAGGUUUUCCUAUGUUCUGGGGUUUUUGUUUUUUUUUAAAGAUUUAUUUUAUUUAUUUAUUUAUUUAUUUA